ACGACCCGCGUGGCCACCGCGAUCCACUUGCUGCCACCUUGAACCCGGCGAAGGACGCGCGCCGCCCGCCCGUUCUCAAGGACAUGGCGCUCCUCAGGGGACCCUGCUGCUGCCUGCUCGCGGUGUUGCUGGCGCUGGUGGUGGCAUGGGGAGACGACGAGGCCCCGCCGGAGGGCUACUACGCCUUCAUGGAGGCACCGCUGGCGCAGCCGCCGCGGGUGCGCAGACCGCCCUACGCACAGUCCGACCACGACUGUCCAGGUCUGAGGGAUCCAGUACCACAACGUUCGCUGGCGAAUCUGUGUGGAGAUCUCAACAAGGGCCUGCUGCCCAAGAAUCCAAUGGGGCAGAGCGUCUAUGGUUUCACAUAUCCCUUUGAACUGCUACGCAACAAGACGCUGCAGUUCCUCAGCCGGACGCUGCCCAUCCUGAGAGAGGACGAGACGCUGCCCAAGGUCGCGCGCUUCGAAGAGGAGGACAUCCAGACCAAUACACUGAGCCGAAGUAGACGCAGUUCGACCUUGGACGAGCACGGCGAGGCCGCCGCCAAGGACCCGGCGAGCGUGAAGGAGGAGGAGAGGAAGGCGAAGGACAAUGAACUCAAGCCGCCGGAGGAAGGACCUCUGGAACUGGAGGAGGGACGCGGGGCCCGCAAGUACUGCGACAAGGGCGGCGGCGUACUGUGCAUGCUGUACAAGAUGAUCAACGGAGAGCCGCUGAGUGGCGGCGUGGCGGAGCGUCGCGACGGCAGCGUCCCCGGCGACGGCGACGCCGAGGACGGCGCCAGGAGGCCGCCCCCGCCGCCGUCCCCGCACUACCGGCGCGCCGAGCCGCCGGCCGCCCCCGGCCAGGGCCCCAGCGCGCUGCCGCCCACGCCGUGUCCGGCGCGCGUCGAGUACGCCACCCCAGUCUUCGCCAGGAACUACCAGGGCGUCUGGAGAUACGUCGUCCAGAUCCCCUACGAGGGCUACUUCACUCAGACCGUCGAGGUCGUCCGCUGCCUGCAGACGCGGUGCCACUACCUGGAGGGCGGCGGCUGCCUCUCGUCGCCACGCUGGGUGAGCCUGCUGGUGGCCGAGGUCUUCUACCCCAACACGGUGCUGCCCGCCUACCAGCAGCGCCAGCCUCGGCCGCCCGUCGCCGCCGCGGACGCCAUGCCGCCCGUGCACGACUUCCAGAACUACCAGGACGCGCUGCGCAAGCGCGCCGGCGCCGGCGUCGACCCGCCCACCACCGAGAAGCCCUCGCACUGCGACGGCGUCGACGAGCUCGGCUGCUUCCAGGUGCGGCUGUACUACGACUGGUUUCUGGUGCCGGGCAGCUGCAAGUGCUGGAAGCCCGACUACUUCUCGCGCUUCGUGCGCCGGAAGGUGGUGGGUCCGGAGCUCUGAGGCCGCGCGCCUCCAGGCCGCCCCGCCGACAACUUGCAGCUCCAGCACGCACUUCGCCACACUGACGGUUCUUCCAGGAGUUCUUCUGAAACGGGCGCCAGGCAGGGCAGCGUGCGCGCGCGUGCCUCUCGAAACCGAGUGGAAAGUUUUUUUACCACCCUCCGAGACGGCUCUGCGUCUGACGGACGAGUAAGAACUCUCAACUGAAAUGGAGGCAUCGUCAGGCAGACUGGAUCCUGGGUGACAAUGAGUUCUCUCUCACCCGGAGAUCUGAUCACUCUCACAAAUAAUGAGAAAUGUAGCGAAACUAUUUAUUUCACUUGGCCAGCAGUACUAACAAAGUCUUUCGGAGUAUUUAUUUUUUUAAUCAUGUAUUUCGACCAAUUCUGUGUUGCUCUCCAUCUCUAUCUACGAUUCACUGAUCUUUUCAGAUUUGCAUAAUUGCUAAACGAAAAAUGUUCGGUGAUCCGUUUUCCCUGUUACAAUUAGUGUAGGUUUCCAUCUCUCUGAAUAAUUCCAGUGCCGAGUUAACUGUUUCUGUACUACUGUUCAUUUCCCACUUUCCCACAGAUGGCUUUCGUCGGUUAAUAUUUUCAUACCUCUUCAUUUCAUAUUUCAUCUUUGCUCUCAAUCUUCAUCAUCCUUUGCCAGCGGGUAGUUCCAAACUUUUCGAGCUUUGUCUUGCAUGGUUUUCUCACGGUCCUCGCUUCAGUUCCACGCAGUUCUGUGACGCAGACGUAUUGUCUCAUAUUCAUCUUUGCCAGCCCUAUGCCACUAUUUGCUAUCACGAGAGAUCUUUCCCUCGAGAGAGCCUUCUUCGUUCACGACUGAUUCUUCGUUGCUUCCAUCUACUGUACUCUUGUUUCGCGGAUAUCAGAACUUAAUCUCUCCUACGAUUUGUCAUUAAAUUGUGACCACUGUUUUUCCUGCUACUGUCAUUACCUUCUUCUGUGCUUUAAAAUUCCUUAGCACAAAUUAGCAAUAUUAAAGAAGUACAACGAAAGGUCUAAAAUACUACAGUUACAUACAUUAUCGUCCAGAGACAUUUACAUUUCAAACACAAGAUCUUGGCGUGUCGCACGGGACAAAAUCUCUUGCUAUCAUACUGCUUUAACAAUAAUGCUGUACAUAUUAUAGGAAAGGCGUCAACUCUUCUUUUAGGAUUGCACGGAAACUUAAUAGCAUUCGUAGAAAUAAUUAAUGGUCAGCAGCCUACUUAGACCAAGAAUUUUCUGGAUUCUACACUAAUC